AUUCAGAAUGUCAUUUUCAGAAUUCGUGUAAUAUUAGGGAGGGAUAAUCGCGUGCCGUGCUCCUAAAAAUUAUAGUUUUUAUUAAUUAUUUUAAAACCAAAUCAUCAUUUUCGACUCUUUUUUACUGAAUUUCUAAAUAAUAAAUUUUCCGUUUAUAAAUUACAUAAUAUUGAAUAUCAUUUAUAACUCUUCAAUUUUAUAAAACAAAUUCAAUAUGUGGAAAUUAUUAUUCCAUCUAAUUGGAGCUAUACAGUUUUCGUAUGGCUGCUAUUAUGACUUCAUGUAUGUGAGGAUACCAAGCACUUCUACUACUGUAACUCCCUAUGGUGGGAAGUUGAAAUAUUUAACUUAUUUAAAUGCUAUGCUCCAAACAGCAUAUUUUACUGUGGCACUAUUAAAUGAUAUAAUAGGAACAGAUGAACCUAUGCCGGCCAAUAAACCUUUUAUAAGGCGAAUGAAGGAUGCUAUUUUCAGUGCCUUAGCAUUUCCAUUAUCUAUGUUUGUAGGUAUUACCUUCUGGGGUAUUUAUGCUGUUGACAGAGAACUGAUUUUACCAAGAGCAAUUGAUGCUUAUUUCCCACUGUGGUUAAACCAUGUUAUGCAUUCCAAUAUUGUUGUAUUUGUGUUAAUUGAACUUGUUUCUACAUUCAGAAUGUAUCCUAAGCGGAAAGUAGGACUGUCUAUACUUACACUUUUCAUGUUAGGAUAUGCUAUUUGGAUUCAUACUAUCUAUUUUAAGACCGGGAGCUGGGUCUACCCAGUGCUAUCUGUAAUUAAUUGGCCUGUUAGAGUACUUUUCUACAUCUUCAGUCUUGGAUUCGCUUGGUCACUGUAUUCAGUUGGUGAAACCUUGAAUACGGCUGUUUGGUCAAAGGAAGUAGAAUCCACUGUUAGGUCUGGUAAGAAGAAGGCCAAAUAAAGUAGUACUCAUUGCAUUUUUAGCUUUUGCUUACUUAAAUUAGCUUUAUAUUAUUGUAAUUUAUUGGGUUAUGGUGGGGUGUUGUAAAAAUGUGCUGUGUUAAGAUAAUUAUUUAUUGCCGAUAUUUAUUUCUGACAAGUAACUAAAUUUACAACCAGUGAUGCAAAAAAUUACAUUUUGUAAUAACAAUACUCAAGAUUUAUGGUUUAAUACUAAUUUAAUUCGGUAAUGUUUUCAUAUAACGUGAAGGUGAAAAAAAUUUACUUUUUGUAGUCAUCUAUUGUCACAAAUUAUAUUUUAUAUUUCUGUGGAAUGUAAAUUUAUUUUUUCUUUAGAAAGUUUACAAGCACAAUUACGCAUAAUGGCAUUUUUGAAGGAGAAUAUGUAGUGAAAGUGUAUGCACUGCAAACUAGUGUUCAAAUAUUGUGUAGUGUGCCCCAUUCCGAAAUGGGCAAAUACGUAAUUUUUAAAUAGUUAUGCUAGAACAUGUGCUAUCUAAAGCAAUAAAUUUUGAUACAAG